UUGAGUUCCACCCUCACGACCGUGACGACGGGGGAUUGUGAAUCUCCCUCUUCUCUUACGCUCAUGGCAAAUAACUAUAUCUUCUCUCUUCAACCAACUUUCACUCAAGGACUCAUAAUUGGCCAGUUUUCCAUCCUUGUACUACUCUAUCUCAUCCUCAAGUAUCUCUUCCUCGAUUCCACCAAACACCCUUUUGAGACUUCUUCAUACCACCCCAAAGUUGGCAGUGACUCUCCGGCCAGGCAUCAGUAUCCCUUAAAAGAACCACAAUUAGUUCAAGGUUCUGGCCACGAAUCUGCUGAAUGGUUUGCUUUACUGUUACAUCAGGUCUUGGAUGUCUAUAGGUCGAAGUUACGAAAUGAUCUGGCUGGCUCUGCAGGCGACGAGAUUGCCCGCCAACGCGUUGAAGCCUAUGCGAAUAAGAUUCGUCCAGUUGGUUUCUUGGACCAUAUUGUCAUUCAUUCAGUUGAACUGGGCUCCUCGGCUCCUCAUCUGCUCAACGGUCGCCGCCAUCGUUCGUCUGAAGAUCAACCAACCGAAAUUGUGUUUGAUGUUGACUAUACAGACUCUAUAUCUGUUUCAUUGUCUACUUCAUACCUAUUCAACUAUCCCAUGCCCUCUUUCGCUCGUCUGCCUGUUUCGUUGACUAUAUCACUAUCCCUCUUCAAAUCCACGAUAUCAAUAUUACCUCCGUGUCCAACCUCACCGGCACCUGUGAUGACAUUUUCUAUAUCUCCGACAUUCACACUCGAUUUGACGACAGCAUCUCUGAUGGGAAGUAGGGCCAAACUGGCGAAUGUACCAAAAUUGCACGAACUUAUACAACAUCAAGUACAUCGCGUUUUAGCCUCGCGUGCAACUUGGAAGGUUGUUCUACCUGGACUAACCAGUGUCGCAGAAGUCAAAGAAGAGAUCAAAAAAGAGGCGGAGGCGGAGUCGUAGCCCAACAGUAGCACUAGUCCUUAUGGUUAAUCUCCUGGACAAAUC